GCAAGUGUUCUAUGUUCCAGGUGUUGGCCUUGAUCGCAAUGGCGGGCGUGUGCGUGGGAGCUCCGCAAGGCGCUUUCAACAUUCCUGUACCCAGCAUUCCUUCAGGUAAUGUGCAUGCACUGUAGUGUCGUGUAAAUGCGACACCUUCAAGGUAUGUGCAUGUACUGUAGUGUCGUGUAUAUUUGGCGAUGUUUAUUGAUGACUGAACAGGUCAGCUCACCCUCCAUAAGUGCUUGACUCGUAAUUGUAGGCUCUCCCCCCCCUCCUCCAGGUCUUUACGGUCUGCCCAACGCUGGUGGUGCCUCCUCUAGUGCGUCCACCUCAUUGGAUCAGGGCAUCCGGGUGGUAGCAUCUCAGUUAAUACCACUUCCUGGCUCGCCCUCUGCCCCUUCACCUCCAUCCGGACCCGCUCCGCCGUCUGCGCCCACUGCUCCGCCCACGACCACCACCCACAUGCCACCCAUGCCAUAUCAGUUCUCCUACAACAUCAUGGACGGAAUUUCCUCUGUCUACUCCUCGAGGACGGAGGAGCAGCUGGAAGACGGGCCACUCGUCGGAAGCUACUCGUACCUGCGUCCCGAUGGCGUCUACAUGACCGUUAUGUACACGGCCGACGAGAACGGCUACCGCGCUGAGGUGAAGGAGAGCCUCGAGGCACCGCAGGACCUCCAGCCCGUCGAGGACAACCGCGCUAAGUACGAGGUAAGCCUACCCGGAGCCGAAACGUACCUGGUGGACGUGACCGACGCCGAGCUCCGCGAGUACAUCCUCCAGGCGGAGGCAUUUGAGGCCUCGCAGAUCCAGGCGACAACCCUUCCGCCACAGACCCAGUCGCAGUCCCUCUCGCAGACUCAGACCUUGUCGCAGUCUAACGCCCAGUCCCAGUUCGCCACGCUUACCCAGCCUCAGGCCCAGGGCACCAGCUUCACCUCGCAGACCUCCAGCUCGAGCACGAACCAGUCGCCGCCAGUGAGGGGCGUUCAGUCCCCCUCAGGCUACAGCUACCCUCAGCCCUCAAUUCCUUUCGGGUUCUCCCAACCUUAAUUCCCUUUCUUCCACUGUCCCAUAAUUCCUCUUCUUCCACUGUCUCUCCUAAAUAAAAUUCCUUCUCGUCACAGAAAGAGGCGAUUAUGACGACAUGUUGUAAACCUCUAUCUUAUGUAUUUAUAUAUUUUUGAUCUCACGAUUUUGUAUUUCGUCAUAAAAUAAA